GUGAUUCACACCCACCCCAUUGAAAUGUGUUUCUUGUUUACGUUCAGUGCCCGUUAACGUUGGUUCAACUGGCUGAUGCGAUUGGGCAAUAUGAUUGCGUAAUCACCGCUGCUGCUCAUGCCAAGUGAGGCGGCCAUUGCAACCUUAACCGGCCAAGUUGAAUCAUCAUUGCUGAUAUUCGUUGCUAUUUUUUGGUCUUUGUAAGUUAAGUGGUAUAGAACGCACCAGGAAUAUAAUGGCUGAGGACGGUUUAUAAAAAGGAAGCCUCAGCUGAAUUUCCAUUUUAAGUCAAAGUGCAAAAGUUGCACUUGCAUAUACAUGCAGUUUGUUGGACUGGUGUUUUUAGCUUGAAUUUGAAGCAGAAAUUCUGAAAAAUCAAGUCAGACAAGAAUGUUUCUUAAGCCAUUACCCGUGGGGCAAACUAUGGAAAGCAGUAACGGUAACAACAACAACAAAGAGAUGCCAUCUGACAACCGUAAACCUGGGGGCGGCAAGCAGACCACUGCCGGUCGCUCCUUGAAGAAGUACCUGCAUGACAAGGAAAGCGAUGAGUACAAGACUCGCCGGCAGCGCAACAACGUUGCCGUGCGCAAGAGUCGGGACCGCAGCCGCAAGAAGGCGGAGGAGACACAGGAGCGGGUGCAGCAGUUAAAGGAGGAGAACCAGCAGCUGGAGAGCAAGGUCAUGCUGCUGUCCAAAGAGCUGAGUCUGCUCAAGGAUCUCUUCCUGGCUCACGCUAGGGAAGUACCAGAUCCCAGCACCACCUUCGGUCUGUACACAGCCGGCCCGGAUGUCGCCAGCCGUCUGCAGAACCAGGAGGUCAAUUCGGAGCAGCCGGGCAUGGAGUCAGCCAUUAACCAGCUGACUCAGGCGUCAUCUGAUCAUACCUACGUUGUGACAGUUAACCAGGAGGGGGUGAAAACGGAGGCGUGAUCCAUGGCCCCCGUGUCUCUGAUAUCACUUUGGAGACAUUUGUGUAAAUAAUAGUUGAAGAGAAAGAAAUAAGAAAAAAACAAAAUAUCUCGUAAAAUUUUGUUAUACCCCCUCCUUAAAGACAGACCGCCACAGUGCAUUGCCAUUGAUAGCAAAUCCUUUUAUAGUUAGCUGACAAGUCUUUCGAGUUGAUUUAAAAAACAAAACCAGUGUUAACAAAGAAACUAUAAUGUAGUUUGAAUUUCUGGCGAAUGAAAAGUGUGUAUAUUAGCUUCUUAAAAACCUAUUUCUGGCUACUGUACGUAAUGUUAUGUUUGAUGCCGUGUUUCAGAUUUAUGUGUGAACUAAACUAUCAUGGUUGCUCUCCAAUGUUUUCUUGGUUUUUCAUCAAAGAGAUCCUAAUUUUAUAAUUUUAUUCACAAAAGUUUCUGCUUGUAAAGUUAUAUGCCAUAAAUCCACAUCUAUUCCUCCAACGAGCAGCUUGUAUAAUGAUAACUUUUCCAUUAGAAAGCUAUAAAAAGGAAUGGGUUCUACUAGUACUAUGCACAAUUUGUAGAAGACGUUAUCUCAAGAUAAAAUUGAAAGAGCGUGUUCAAAGAAUAAGAAACUAAGACUGGGCAAGCUUGGUAGAGCUGGUCCCAGAACACACAAAAUUCUCUUCAAUUGAUUCAGAAUGGCUAUUCACUGGAAGUCUUUUCAUGCAUCUGGUCCGCAGAAUGGGCCCAGUCUAGCCCAUUCAUUGGCAUUAUGGGGUAAUCAUAUAGGAUGGCACUGCCCGGCAGUAGUGCUAUCGUAGAGAUAGGUAUGAAGAUAGAGACAAAGAGAUGGGUACAAAGAGGACUCUAGGGCUGGCCCUCUGGGACCAGCCCCCCAAAAAACCUAGUAAUAUCUGAUUUACAUGUUCAUUCAUACUUGUACUUUACUUUGGUGUUGUGUUGGCACAUCUCUUGGUCUUGACUAGUGCUACAACUGACUUCCACCACAGUGAGCAGCUUUUAAGGACUCAUUCUUGCAGUUACAUUUUGUUGGUGCUUUGUCCUUUCGUAGUUCAUGUAGGAUGCGGAAUGUGUUUCAAGUCCAAUUGAUAACUGGAUCCUGUUGUUGGAAACCUUUUGCUUUGUAUUAAAGGUUUGAACUUGGACCAGUAACUGUUGUCCAUUCAUCAGUCUUCAGCUCAGCUGACGUGGAAAAAUAAGAUAAUUAGUUAUCCCACUAGUGUGAGUGGAACACAGAAUAAUAUAGCACGUCUCUAUGUUUCCUAUGUCACUUGGCAUAUAUGGAACACACAGGUACUACAUUUUCCGUAUUCCACGAGCGCGAGUGGCAUAAUGAAUUUAUCUUCAAGCAAACAAGCGGUAUACAUGUGCCUGCAGUAGGAAUAGAGCAUACAUCAGAAUAGCGCGAUACGCGCAGUGUGACAUGGAUCCUGGUAUAUGGGAUAAUAUCACACUAUUGUUGCCUUAGAUCAACCAGUCAAGAUCGGGGACUCAAGUUUGCUUGAAGAUAAAUAAGGAUUCCUGAUUUCAUAAAAAAAAUAAUGUACAUAUAACAAGCCUGGUUUUCUUGAUAUUCAAGAGCAGAACUGAAAUAGACAUUAAUUGACAUAAAAUGAGCAGUGUAGAUAACGGUUUUGAUAACCCGAAACCUGGAACUUUUCAUGCGCAAACCUACUGUAACACAGUGUUCAACAGCUGCAUGCAAGUUCAUCUUGCAUGCAUACGCAUUGAAGUCAUACUUUGUGUGAGGAUUUUGCAAAAGAAGAGAACUUUAGUCCAGGGAUGCAGUCCAGUCCAUCACAAGUCCCUGCGAGUCCAUCACAAAUCUUUCAGUCCCAGUUCAAAUCACUAGCUAUUCAAAUGAGCUUUGACAAAGACAUGCCUCUGUUAUUGUUCAUGCACUGUGACUGGACUUGUGAUGGACUCGACUACAUCCCUGAAUUAUAGUCAGAGGGUGUUAUUGUUUAUAUGUUUUUUCCAGUAUAUUUAAUCCAAAGACGACACACUGACAAUAAAUGUAAAAAACAAAAUCGUAAACACCCUCAACUUGAAUAGGGCCAAUCAGUCACAUUCUCUCAUUUUUGUAGUGAAUAUGGCCAGUCCAUUGGAAAUUAAGUGUUUUAUGUUUAAACUCCAAUAGAAUAUAUCUACUGAGCAGUGAGCACCCCAGAACACAAAUGAUUUGGUUAAUUUGAACUUUGGGGUUUCUUUUUUGCCCUUUUUUUUAACAUUGCCAAUAGCAUGGUAGAAUAAUGCUACAAAAAUAUAACCUGCCUUUUUAUUGAGAAUUUUUUUUUUUUUUGGCAAAAAAAAUAACUUGGUUGUUUUUUUUCAUAACCCUGUGUUUUUACUUGCAAAAGCCUGUGUAUAAUUUUCCUUUGGGUAUUGAUGGCUAUACCUUGUAAUGACUAGGGUGUCCAUAUUAACAAAAAUCAAAAGAUCACGUUGGAUUUUUAACAUGUUACCAUAGUCAUUGUUGGCAAAGAAUUGUGUACAAUAACAAUAAAUAAGUGAAUUGCAGAAAAAAACAA